AUGGCUUCCUCUGUCACGUCUCUGCUCACGGCAACGACCGCCAGCUCCACCGACUCCGGCAUAUCGGCGUCCCUCAAAUUCGUCGUCUCGAACCUCCGCACACUAGUGCCAACCCAGCUAAACACCGACAAUUAUGCGAUUUGGAAAAACCAGAUCGUCAAAUUACUCCGGGCAAAUGGAUUCGAGCAUUUUCCUGAACCAUCAUGCACAUCCUCAGCGACGCAAGAUCCAUCACAAGCAGCCACCAAUGGCUCCUCAACCGCCCUCUGGCUUCUGACUGACAGAAACCUCUCCGCGGCAAUCUGUUCUACAAUCUCACCCACGAUAUUACCCUAUGUUUUAAAUCUUGAUUCAACAACAGAUAUCUGGAAAGCGCUUGAAACAAGAUUCCAAUCAUCAAACCGAUCAAAGGUUCUCCAACUUAAAAUCGAGCUCAACAGUAUCUCAAUGAAGAAUCAUACCAUGAUUCAGUAUCUCACAACUAUCAAGACUCUCGUGGAUCAGAUAGCCGAUGCUGGGUCCACAAUUGAAUCAGAAGACAUCAUCAUGUACAUCCUAAAUGGGCUACCACAACAAUAUCAAGCUUUCAAAACCACCAUUCGCACAAUGCAAAGCUCCUCGAGUCUUGAUAACUUUUACUCUCUUCUCAUAAGCGAAGAAAUUCACGUCCACAACGACGUUGCCAGAUCAUCUUUACAAACCGAUCAGCAAUCGACUCUCUAUGCAGGUUGA